AUGGCGGCUGUGGCCACCCAGAUGGCCUUCGCCGGCAACGCCGCUGCGGCCACGGAGCUGGCUGAGAUUGCGGACGGGCGCAUUGGCACGCUGGCGACGCUGCUGGUGAUCGCCGUCGGCUGGGUCGGGUUCCAGAUCCUGAACCCGGCGCUGAACCAGCUGGACGAGAUGAGCGAGAAGGCCAAGUCGCGGCAGGGUCUCAUCGCCGGCCUCGGGCUCGGCGGCUCGGCUCUGGUUGCGGGCCAGGCGGACGCCGCUCAGGAGGUGAUGGGCCAGGUCGCGGACGGGCGCCUGGGGACCCUCGCGACGCUGCUGGUGGUCGCUGUGGGGUGGGUUCUGUUCCAGAUCCUGAACCCGGCGCUGAACCAGCUGGACGAGAUGAACGAGAAGGCCAAGUCGCGCAAGGGUCUGAUCGCUGGUCUCGGGCUCGGCGCCUCGGCCCUGGCUGCGGGCCAGGCGGACGCUGCUCAGGAGGUGAUGGGCCAGGUCGCGGACGGGCGCAUCUUUACGCUGGGGACGCUGCUGGUGGUCGCCGUCGGCUGGGUCGGGUUCCAGAUCCUGAACCCGGCGCUGAACCAGCUGGACGAGAUGAACGAGAAGGCCAAGUCGCGCAAGGUGAGAUUUGUCACGUGCAUCACGCCCGAGAGCGACCUGAAUCAUGAGGUUUCGGGUCUGAUCGCCGGCCUCGGGCUCGGCGGCUCGGCCCUGGUUGCGGGCCAGGCGGACGCCGCUCAGGAGGUGAUGGGCCAGGUCGCGGACGGGCGCAUCGGCACGCUGGCGACGCUGCUCGUGAUCGCCGUCGGCUGGGUCGGGUUCCAGAUCCUGAACCCGGCGCUGAACCAGCUGGACGAGAUGAACGAGAAGGCCAAGUCGCGGCAGUGA